ACAUUGCUUCAAAACCAACAAAACUAGGAGAGCCUUGUUCUCUUCCCCUCUCUUCUUUGGUCCCAUCCAUUUCUCAAAGUAGCUAAAAACCACAUUCCACACUUAGAUUGCUCCUUUGAAUACCAUUUCCAUCUAAAACUUGCCUAAGACAUACUACUUCUUCUGUUUUUUGAUCGGCGAAAGUCAAUAUUGUUAGAAUAAUUAGAUUAACACCUUGAAAGAGGAGUUGAAUUCCUGACCUCCUUUCUCCUGGCAGCCAGGUGCAUACUUCUUGAUGAAUGAUGCAUUACUCGACUGAUCAUCAUCCCAUACCAACCAUGAUUGAAAAUCUCGAUCACGAAAACUUCUUCCCUGGGCGGUGUAUAUUGAUAAAUGGACCGGUCAUUGUGGGGGCCGGUCCAUCGGGACUAGCAGUUGGUGCUGGCCUAAAACAACAAGGAGUCCCCUUUGUCAUCCUUGAAAGGGACAAUUGCAUUGCCUCACUUUGGCAAAACCACACUUAUGAUCGCCUCAAGCUUCACCUCCCUAAGCAAUUUUGUCAGCUACCCUACUUCCCGUUCCCCGACAACUUCCCCGAAUACCCCACCAAGUACCAGUUCCUCGACUACCUCGAAUCCUACGCAAGGAAUUUCGACAUUAAUCCACAAUUCAAUGAAAACGUGCUGUCAGCCACAUACGAUGAAACCUGCGGCUUGUGGAGAGUCAAGACCAUUGGAAACACCGAUAAUGGUUUUUCAAGGGGGGAGGUUGAGUACAUAUGCCGGUGGCUAGUAGUGGCCACCGGUGAGAAUGCAGAGAAGGUUGUGCCGGAAUUUGAAGGCUUGGAGGAGUUUGGAGGCCAAGUCAUGCACGUUUGUGACUACAAGUCUGGCGAAACUUACAGAGGCAAACGCGUGUUGGUGGUUGGUUGCGGGAACUCAGGCAUGGAGGUUUCACUUGAUCUUUGCCACCACAAUGCGAUUCCAUCGAUGGUGGUCCGGAGUUCGCAGGUUCAUGUCCUGCCCAGAGAAAUCCUCGGAAAAUCGACGUUUGACAUAGCAGUUUCGAUGAUGAAAUUCUUUCCACUCUGGGUAGUCGAUAAAAUAUUGCUAGCAGUAGCAAGGGUAGUUCUUGGAAACAUAGAGAAGUAUGGUCUAAAAAGGCCAUCUAAAGGCCCUUUACAGCUCAAGAACACUGAGGGAAAGACCCCAGUGCUGGACAUUGGUGCUUUGCAGAAGAUCAGAUCUGGUGAGAUCAAAGUGGUCCCUGGAAUCAAGAGGUUUUCGCCCGGCAGAGUCGAGCUUGUUAACGGAGAAAAUCUUGAGAUCAAUUCGGUCAUUUUGGCAACUGGGUAUUGCAGCAAUGUUCCUUCUUGGUUAAAGGAAAAUGAAUUCUUUUGCAGAAAUGGGAUCCCUAAAUCUUCAUUUCCAAAUGGAUGGAAAGGCAAAGCUGGGCUAUAUGCAGUUGGUUUCACAAGGAGAGGUCUCUCUGGUGCCUCUUUAGAUGCCAUUAAAAUAGCAAAUGACAUUGGAAGGAUUUGGAAAGAAGAAACUAAGCACAAGCAGCAUUCUGUCACUGUUGGUGGUUGCCAACGGAGAUGCAAAUCACAUUGCUAAUUGUGCUGGACUUUGCUAACAACAUGAUCUCUCUCUCUCUCUCUCUCUCUCUCUCUCUCUCUCUCUCUCUCUCUCAAUACUCCUCCUCUAAGUCCUAUUACCGAACCGACAUUAACAAUCCAAACCGUUCAUCUUGUAGAACUCCCAAUAAACUUCAUCCCACGAAAAAUCUACUUCAUCGGUCAUCAAUAAACACGUUUACAAAUCGUACUUCAUUUCAUAUAUGUUCCUUUCUUUUUCACGAACAAAAUGCAGUUUAUUUCUGCGUUUGUAGAUGUCCAAUGAGCUGAUUUUUUGCACAUAUUAACUUCAUCACGUGUUAUACAAGUUGAACAGUCCAGAUUAUCGGAGUCGGCUCGAUGGUGAGACCCGCAAGAGGAUUACAGAAGGGUCUGGAGAGGAGCCAAUCCCUCUCUCCUAACAUUGCUAUGUGUACAAUAUAAUGUGGCAUGAAAAAAGAACACAUGAAACAGAGCGCCCUCUCCAGGGGAAAAUCCCAAAGCCUUUGUAGUGGUUUGGGCAUUUUUGUAAAGAGGAAGAUGAGGCUUUUUUUGGUUUUCUAGUUCUAAAUAUUGUGUAAAAUUUUCAUGAAUCCAAGUGAAAUGAU